AUCUCAGUCUGUAUUUUGCGGCGAGGAAAAGGUUAUUUCUCUUUCGUUUCUUUCUGCUUUGUUCGGGAUAAUUGGCCAUAAAACAAAUUUUUAUAAAUUUGCAUAGACCCUACUCGCGUUAAAAUGGCUGAUGAAGAAUACGACGCUGAUGAUGCUGGCGCAGAUUACGAUGACAUCGCCGAGGAAGAUGAUAAUAUUGAGGAAACGGAGGAACAGGAAGAGGACGGGUAUAACGUCCAAUGUGUACCGCAAGGUCAAGCUGGAGGUGGAGUAGAGAAGUCAAAGAGGAUUACCACGCGCUAUAUGACUAAGUACGAGCGUGCUAGAGUACUUGGUACUCGUGCGCUCCAGAUAGCAAUGUGCGCUCCUGUCAUGGUGGAACUGGAAGGCGAAACAGAUCCUCUCCAAAUUGCCAUGAAGGAACUGAAGCAGCGGAAGAUCCCCAUAAUCAUACGCCGGUACUUGCCUGAUCAUUCGUAUGAAGACUGGGGUAUCGAUGAACUUAUUAUUAUUGAUCAUUAAGUUAUGGUCAAGAAUUUUCCAAUUAUAUUUAUUUUAGUAGGGUAUAGGAAUGAAGUCCAAUUCUCUGUGACAAAGGCAACCUCAGUGCCUUGGUGCAAUCAGUAUCUUGGCUACUAGUAGGCACGGUUCAAAAUGGGAUACUUAGUUACAUUUUUCCCAACUAUCGGAAAUUCAUGUGUAAAUAGUGCAAUUGUAAAAGAUGUUGGGAAGUAAUAGUCUGUUUAGAUAAAGCCGGCAAUGGACAGUCUGAUGGCAAUAAUUAUCUGUCUUUCCGACUCGGUGUUGCCGUUUAAUCCACUAUUUAAACAUCUGUUAAAGGUUUGACAAAUAAAUAUAAGUUUAAACGGCAACAUUGUCAAAAGUUUGACAGAUAGUUAAAAUAAAAUUAAUUAACUAAAGAUCACAAAAAAAGGUAAUGUUUAGGAAUAAAUUUGUGCAAAAAUCUCUUCGAUACUCCCUCUGAGUCAUCCGAACAAAUUUUCCGUUUAGACUCCCUCUGUUAAGUUUAUGAAACUAGCUUGAAAUAAACACUGGUAAAAUUGAGACAAUUAGUCUAAUAAGCCAUGCCAAGCCAAGAAAACCUAAAAACUCUAUAUGAAUAUUAUGUUCUAGAGAAUUGGACUGUAUAUGUAUAGAAAUGUAAUGGCGCAUUUACACUAGGUCGAACCUACCCAGUGUAAGCACUGAGUUGUAUGACGUAGUUCGUUGCCGGAGUCGACCGAAUCGACCAGGUGUAAACACUGUCGACAAACGAUUAUCGACCAAACAAGUUUCAACGUGUCGGCGAUGAUGUUUCACGGUGCGCGUACAGGAGUUAAAUAAUACCUAUCUAUCAGUGUGUUGUGCCGCUGUGCGUAAACUUUUCGAUGUUUAUAAUGAUGCGAUUUCAACUUCGGCAAACGAGGCAAUCGACUCGGUAUAAACUGCGACUGCGCUGCCUUCGUCAGCCGAAGAGACGACUAUCGACUCGAUGUAAAAUGCGAGUAGACUGGCAAAAGCAAAGCGAAGUAGUCUGUAGUAUAAGUUGGCCAUCGACCCUGUGUAAAUACGCCACUAAUGGAGUUGUAAAAAGUUGGAAUAUUCUCGUGUAGUAUUUAAUUUUGUAGAUAUUUCGUUUAAGUAGAUUUCUGUGUGUGUUAAGUUACGUUUAAUAAGUUUAGCUGAAAUAGCUACGUAGUUAUGUACCCGGUGUCGAGGUUUUUAACCUUGAUUUUUUUUUACCGGGAGCUCGUGCGCUCUAGCAGCGUGCGCGCCUUUCAUGGUGGAACAGGAAGGUGAAACAAUACUUUCUAAAUCACCAUGAAAAUUAGAAGCAACGGAAGGUUCCCAUUAUCAUACGUCGACACUUGCCCGAUUUUUCGGAUAAAGAUUGGGGUGUCGAUGAACUUGUUCUUAUAUUGUUGAGUUACGGGUCUCUAAGAACCUCUAAAUUGCGUUAAUUUCUAGGAAAGUGCAGCUUUGGAGUCCAAUUCUCUAUGAUACCUUGUUGCCGGCUGAACUUGUGAGGUGUUAGCUCGGUAGCAUUGGUAAACCUGUUGUUCCGGUGUUACCAUCUAAACAGCUGUUUUAACAUAAUUAGUAGAAACUGUUUUAAACGGCAACACCAAACUGGUAUAGGAAACAUUUUGUUAGUUCCGUUCUAUUACUAUUUUAAAACAACUUUCUAUGUUUUUAUAUCUAAUAUUUUGACGUAUUUGAAUCCAAAGCCAUGAAUUAAAUGAAAGAAGAUCAAUACUACUGAUUCAAUGAAUGUUAACUUUAAGAUUUUUGGUAUAUUCUAUUUAAAUAGCUAUCGACUGAAUUCUUCUAAAGUUAUUUUACUGGGCGUUUUGUAUUCUCAGUAUACUUUGAGAGAUUAUAGUGCUCAUUCAUAUGAACAAUACAAAAUCAUCUGUACAAAAAGUUCACACUUGUAGUGAUCUAAUUCUUAUGUGGUUAAUAUAACACCAAUCCACAAGAAGUGCUUUGCUUUCUUUUUCCUGAUGUGGGCAGAGAGUCUGUGCAAUUCUUUGCCUGCUGCUGUGUUCUGGCAAGAUACCGGACCCUCUAGUCGACCGUUUGGCCCUGAGAGCCAUUUUAUGCAUUCCACUGAAAAAUGUUAAAGAAAUUCCAGCCUUAUGGUUGAAAUUUGCACCUGUAUACGUUAAAUAACAAGUUGGCUUAAGAAGUUCUCAAAAUGUCAUUCACUAAUGAUGCAAUCUGGAUAUCAUACCAAAACGAAUUUUUCGGCUCAUAGGUUAACGGCUCAGUUUGUUUAAUACUUUACACUUAUCUACGCAGAAUCAAAUUGUUAUUUAGAGGGUCAGUUAUCUUAGGGCAUCGUACUUUAAAAGCUUGCAUAUGUGAUAUUAAAAAAAAUUAACAAAAGUUGUUCAAAUUAAUAGGUGUUGUAAAAUAAAGAACUUCUAGAGUAUUGGACUCGAUAAAAAUAGAAUACCUAAGGAAAGAUGUAAACCGUUGGAAUAUUCAAACUUUGUUGAAAUUUCUUUUCAUUUUGAAUAUAUUUAUCGGUUUUUAAUUUGGCUGAAAAAGCUAUGUAGUUACAUACAUGCCUGGUAUUAAGGUUUGUAACCAAAAUGGCGCUCUAGCAGCGCCCGCUCAUUUCAUGGUGGAACAGGGAAGGUGAAACAAUCAUCACCAAAUCGCCAUGAAGAUGUUGAAGCAACGGAUUGUCCCCAUUAUCAUACGUGUCAGUACUUGCUUAAUCUUUCGAAUAAAGUUUGGGGUGUCGAAGAAGUCAUUAUCGUAGAUCAUUAAAUUACGAGUCUGUAAGAACUCGUGAAUUGUGUUUAUUUCUCGGAGGGUAAAGCAUGGAAGUCCAAUUAUCUGAGAUGUCUUACUUCCGGCUGCAUACGUAAUAAAACGGUUAUUACACUACACGAUUUGAAGACCUGCGUCAAGGGUGGGCAUGACUGGGCGUGGACUUAUAAAUAAGUCGUUAAUUUUUUUUUAAAUUUAUUAAGGCUUUGGCAAAACCAUCAGCCUAAACAUGAAGUUUAAUUAUGUUUCUGUAAAUAUGGCCGCCACCAAGAGGAUAGGCAAUUUGAG